UAUAAAAGCAGGAACGUUGAAGAGUUUCACCAUACUUACAAUGCACUGGAGCAACUGUGAUCAGACGUUAGUGUGUCAUCAGAAGAUGAAGGCGUUGGUAUUACAUUUUACUCUUCUCCUUUCCGUUUCCAUGCCCAUAGGUUUCUGUCAAGGUGAAAUUGUGUCAGUCCAUUAUCAUGCCUCUGGAGUGGUUUUAAAUCACAACUUCACAAAAGAUUUCUUUCUGGAAGAUCAGAGAGUUUGCAGGCCAUGCAACACUCUUGCUAAUGAUAUCAAGACUGGAUUUUGGAAAAUGUUUGACUUUUUUGUCAAAGCCAACCUCUUCGGAGAUUCGUCCUUACUAAAUAAGGCUUCAGAGGGCGUUUUCUUCAGACCUCCAUCAGUUGGUGGACCCGAUAUCAACGGAACAUAAGCAACUAAAUUUCCCCCUAAAGCAGAAAAAGAGUAAAG